GGUAUAUCCGUGCAUCAUGGUGGUAACACUGAUUUUCAAGUAUUCGGUGCGUCCGAUCCGAUGUAGCCCGGGCCCGAUCACAAACAGCACGUGUUUCGUGGUGUUUCCUUUUUUGCAGUGUUGCGUGGUGUUGCGGAGGGAAUGGGCUGGGCGUGGGUAUGGUUAUGAUGUCCUGUUAUUUACGGUCGUGUUUCAUGACUGAGAAGUGUUGAGGAACCUGAGAUCUUAGUUUACGUUCACAAACCAAACCACCAUUCAUAAACAAAUCAUGGAAGAUACUGUCGAACUCGUGAAACCUGAAAAUACAGAUCCACCAGCUAGUGAAAAUAUGUUCGAGGAUACUUCAGCUGAUAUUGUGAAAAUUGAAAAUAUAGAUUCAGCGGAUUGUGAAAACAGGUUAGAAGAUACUUCUGAAGUUACUUUGAGAAUUGAAAAUAGUGAUCCAAUCGAGUUUGAAAAUAGGCUAGGAACUUGUGAAGAAUGUGGUGAGUGCCCAGCAAAGUACACAUGUCCACGGUGUGAGAUUAAGUCGUGCAGUUUAUCUUGUGUGAAAAAACAUAAAAGUGAAAUCAAUUGUUCAGGGGAACGAGACAAAACUGCAUUUAAGCGGUUAUCAGAGUUCACAAAUUUGGAUCUUUUGAGUGAUUACAGAAUGUUAGAAGAAACAACUCGAUCUGUUGAAAAUUAUAAGCGUGAUACUAUGAAGCAUUUUACAAGAUGGAAUAGAAAACUGCCUGUACAUUUGGGCAGGCUUAGAGAUGCAGUGACAUGCAGAGGAGCAAGAAUAUUAUUUUUGCCUCAACAUUUUGCACGGCAUAAGAGUAAUACAACUUAUUUUGAUUGGAAGACACAGAAGAUAUCUUGGCGCAUUGAAUGGGUUUUCCCUCAAGCAGAAUUCAUAAAAGCAAUUGAUGAAAGGGCAUUAGAAGAUACACGGAUUUCUGCUCUUCUUAAUAAAUACCUCGACUGUAAGAAUUGUCCGAAAGAGUUACAAGACAACCUUCAGUUUUAUCAAUCAGCAGGACUUUCAGAAGUAUGUCUUCUGUUAAAAGCAGAACAUGUGAUGAAAUCAUCUGUAAAGUUCUUUGAAAUAGACACAUCAAUGACUUUGAAGUCAGCUUUGAAAAAUAAAACUAUUAUAGAAUUUCCUUUGAUGUAUGUGGUGCUCAAAGAACACAAAGAAAUGUUUGAAGUUGUUGGUUCAGAUGAUGAACAAGAGGAAGAGAUGUACCAUAGGAGUCAUGAUGAUUAUCAUCAUCAUCGUUUUAGACAUCAGAAUGGAGCUAGAGAUUUUAAGAGAAAACAGCAGAAGAAUUUACUGUUCAAUGAAUCAGAUGGAUCUGAUUCAGAUGUUGGUUUGCCUUCAAAAAAAUCUUUAGGAAGUGAAGUGAAUAGGGAAACAGGUUUUAAUAUUCCUGAUUAUCAUGAAUUAAUUCUUCAGAAUCAGUAAAAUUGAAUGUUUGUAAAUAAUGAGAGUAACCUUUUGAGUAAGUUUCAUUAACUUUGUCAUAUUUAUUACAAUAAGCAAAUGGAGAUUCAAAAGUGGAUUAAAAUACUUUAUCAGGGAAAUCAAGUGUAGGAUGAUGAAUGGAAAGGCAAAUUUAAUGAAGUAGUUAGAAGAUACCUUCCAUUUCUACACUCUCCAUUUUCUGUGAAUAUAUUGCCUAAGUUUUAUAAAUAGCAACUCAUUUUUGUAAGAAACUUGAAUUUGAAAUGCCUUAUUGAAGGUCUUUCAGUUAUAAUGAAUUUUAAUAUUUUCUGUAUAGUUUUUGUGAAGGAAAGUAGACAAUCCUUGGUUAUUUUGUAAAAAAAAGGUUGCAUUUAUAUACAUUGUAAAAAUAAUUGUUUAAAACUCUUCUUUUAGUAAAAUAUGAAUGUAAUUAGCUUGUGUAAUUGCUUGCUCAUAAAGUUUGGCAUGUAUGAUGUGUUUAUCAUGAUGUAAUAAAAUGACUAUAUUUUGAGGUACCAUUAAGUCAAUUCGCUAUACGUCAAUUUGCAAUUGUGUUUUAUAGCAAGAUUUCUUCCUACAAUAUAUCUAUUUCCUAACAUGUUCAAGAAGAUAUUUGUAUUGAAAAUGGUUUUUAUUUGCUUGUAUGUCAUGUCUGGCUAAAGAUCAAAAUAUUGCUAAUUCACAAAUUAGCAGGUUAAUUUGCACUUUUGCCAGAUGGUAUGUAUAAAUCUGUAUGAAUGACACUGAACAGAUCAUUUAAAACAUUAUCCUGCUAAUGUUGGCAUUUGCCACAGAAUGAUAAGGUAAAUGAUAAAGAAAGGUGAUUGUCAAUCUUAGUCUUGUGUGUUCAUAGGAUGCAUUUUGGCAUAAAAAUGCAUUAAAAAUUAUGCAUUACAUUUUAUAUAAAUUUCUAAGUCAGGAGCAAAAUCCCCCAUUUGGGAAAUGCUUAGUGAAAGAAUCAACUUUGGUACGUGGUAAGGUUAGGUGAAGAUGUGUUCAGAAAGGAAAGAAGAAACUAGUGGUGCUACAGAAUUGCUCAGGCUUUCCAUAUUAGUUUUAUAUUUCCUUUGUCUCAAGUGGCUAUUAGAACUUACCACGUACUCUUGCCUGCUGCCAUCUGUCACCAUCCCAAGUAAAUUAAAAAAAAAAUUCUUAAUUUUUCGGUUUUCUAAUAGAACGGAAUUGUUAUAUUAAGGAUAUUAAAGAAUGGUAAAACCUUGUCAUAAUGGCAAUUUUCUUUGAAAAAUUUGAGCUGUUUUUAAUUGCUCUUUUUCACAGAAAAGUUUUGAGUUUUUGAAAAACUUAAUUUGAAGCAUUUUAACUCGCAUAUUCAAUAGCAUUUACUAAACUCUG